AUGGUGAUCCUUCGUGUGCUGCUGAAGGGCGUGACGGAGCGUUCGCGCGGCGGCCGUCACAGCGCCACCGUCGCAACCGCCCCCUGCCUCUCCCUCGCCGCCUCCACCCCGCCGCCCUCCACCCCGUCCUCCCUCGCGGACGCCGUCGCAGAUGGCGACUGGCACAAGGACGACGACGCCUACGACGAGGACUUCGAGGACAGCCCCGCCCUCACGCCGCCCUCGCGCGACUCGCCCUCGGCUGAGCGCCAGGACGAGGACGAGGACGAGGUCCCCACGGACACCGACUCGGCGCAGGCGCGCGUGAUUGGCCUAUAG